GUCAGGAGCCCAGCCCUCCCGCGCGCAAGAGGAGGGCGAUCCCACCCGGUCCUCAUCGAGCGCUAGCCCUCCCUCUCGCCGGCGCCAUGACCUCCUUCUGUGCCGCCCUGCCCUUCCCAGUGGUCUCCAGGGUGGCCUCCCCCAUGCCGUCACGCCCCCGCUCCCGGCGGCGGAGAAGGCCCAGCCUGGCGGCCGGAUGCUGCCAGGGCGCGCCACGAAGCGCGGGAGCUCCGGUGGCGGUGGGUUCAGCCGCAGCCGGCGGCGGCGGCACGAGGAGGUGUGAGUUAUUUGAUCUCCACCAGCAGGUGGUUCCAUUUGCGGAAUCUUGGGCUUGGCAGCAGUCCAUUGUGUUAAGGAGGAAAGGGUUGGUAGGCACAAAUGAAGAUCACUCAGACACCUUAAUCGCACUGCAGCACCCACCAGUUUAUACCCUGGGCACUGACAGCACCGAGGAUUACCUCCAUUUCAAUGUUAAAGAUGCUCCUUUUGAGGUUCACCGUAUUGACCGUGGUGGGGAGGUGACAUAUCAUGGUCCUGGACAGCUUGUAAUGUACCCGAUUCUCAACUUGCGCUAUCAUCAAAUGGACCUUCAUUGGUACUUUAGAUCGCUUGAAGAGGGAAUAAGAAAGUUGCAGCAAUAGGAAUUCAUAUCUCACGAUGGAUAGCAUAUCAUGGCCUAGCACUCAAUGUAACCACUGACUUAACACCA